AUGCCUGUUAUCACUGCAUUCAGGAAUAUCUCUCUGCACUUAAAAGCAUCUAAAACAAGUAUGCACAACAAAGACAGCAUUCUUCAACGGCUCCUUCAGUUGAAACCCCAUACAGGAUUAAAGCAAACAGCUCUCUUGUAUCCUAAUGAUAGCGGUAACUCGAGAAAUGAUCCAAAGAUGGUCUAUCAGGAACAGCCACAGGUUGCUUCAGCAUCUGGUAAGAACACUUCAAAUAAGCUGCAGGUAAGGUCACCUACUGGGAUUGCUUGUGGUGAUUUCCUUCUCACUAUCCUGAUCCACAUGGAAGUUAAUAAUAACCACUCUAUUAAAGUUGGAAAUGCUAUUCAAUCACUACCACAAUUUGAAGGAAAAGUUCCUUAUCGACAUUCAUUACAACACCGGUCACUUGUGCCUUUCUCAAUACCCGCUACUUGUUACACAGAUCACCUUUCAACGGAAACAGCUACACAGCAGGUCCAACCGCAGAUACCUCAAUAUCCCAGUAAACCUUUUUGUGUCCCUCCUUACAUGAGUCAUUCCGGAAUUACAAAACAACAUCAGCGACUUUGGGCAGCUCACCUAGAAGCUCAGUACAAGCCUGGUGGAACCUCCACGGUCUUGACCCAAUUUCAGAGCAGGCAAAAUGGAAGACCCGAGUCUUUUACAUUGAUUCCUUAUGCUCAAAAGGUCAUUCCUCCCUUUUCAAGUCUAGAUGUUCCGAGUCCCAAGAAUAAUAUAGCACAGAAUCAACUGCUGAAAAUGGCCAUUUCUUCAUAUUUGCCCCCAACCAGAGCAAAAAGUUCAGAACACAAUCUUCCAUCCAUGUACGAAAAAAUGAAUGGUAGAAUACGCAAUGGUGGAACAGUCUUUGCAGUUACUCUGCUAUGAACGCCUCUGAAGUUUGAAUUAGGUCCCUUCCACUUGCGACGCACAGCAAACAUUGUUUUGCUCUUUCAACUGCAGAUCAUAGACCGUGCUCAUGGUUGGCACGAUGAAAGAGAUAGGCUUAUCUAAAUGACCUACGGAUUCGGGCUUGAAAUAUAAUGAGACACUAAUAUUUAGCAAGAAGAUAUUUUAAUGCCCAUUGUCCAUUAUCA